AUGCGGUUCGACAUUGCUCUGCUCGCCGCUUCACUACUGUCAAGCGCUGCUGCAGGUGUCAUUGAACCACAGCAUGCUGUCAAAGUAGAUGUUGCAACCCAAGACGACAACGACUUAUUCAAGCGAAAAGGAGGUGGUGGCGGCGGUGGUCGCGGAGGCGGCGGUGGAGGAGGCAAGGGAGGUAGCAGUGGAGGAAGCAGUGGAGGAAGCAGCGGAGGAAGCAGUGGUGGAAAAUCUGGUUCUAGUUCCGGCUCUGGCAGUGGAUCCCGCGGAAAUACUGCUGGCAGCUCCAACACUGGCGGCACAUCAAAGGGAGGCACCGGGCCUCCACGUGCCUUUGGUGGCGGCUCUUACUAUGGCGGAGGUGCUGCAAGACCAUACAGAUCUGGUCUUCCUACCGCAGCUGGUAUAGGUGCUCUAGCUUUCACCGCUGGGGCCUUGGCCUUCUGGCCAGGUCACUGGUAUUAUGGCGCCUAUCUAUAUCCCUAUCACAACAGAUAUACUUUCCACAACGACACCACCAACCGAACUGAAAGUCUCCCCGUCGUCUGCGGGUGUGCCAAGUAUGCCGUGUGCGGUUGUGAUGAGAACAACACCACAAUGAAGGAGCUCGUCGGCAACGGCACGUACGCUGCCCUCAACCAAUCUGUCAUCAACGUUGGCGACUAUCGGGGUCGAAAGAGCUUUCUUGUUAACGGAACACUUCCGAACGGCACCACCGCCGAUGGCCCUGAUGAGGGUUCCAAUGCUGGUGUCGGAGUUGGCAUGAAGAGCCUAGUUGAGGCUGCUGGCAUGUGGCCGGCCGUGGCAUGUGUUCUCGCUGCCAUCCUUCUGGCAUAA